AUGCCUCUCGCUUUAACCUCAAGAAAAUCAUUAAAAGAUAAUGAAGAAUCUUUAAAAACCAAUUUAGCAUCAAUUGAAAAAUCAUUAGGCGAAGCAUUUUCAAUUGAAUUUGAUUUUGAAGAUAUUAUUACCAAAUGUAAUGAUUCAUGGGUAACUAAUAGUUGUGGAAGUAUCUUUUAUAAAGAUGUUGUUGGUAAUCUUGCUAAGAAUAUGGUAAAAGUUGGUGCAGACCCAUUAAUUAAAGAAGCAUUUUUAGCAGCUGUCCCAAAUAAGAAAUUCGUUUUUAUUUGUGCUGAUGAAAAGUUGGAAUCAUAUUGGAAAUAUCAAUUUGUGAAUGGUGAUUGUCAAAUUUUAUUCCGUCCAAAGAUUUGCAACACCAAUGAUGUAAACACAUUCAAAUUGGAAACAAUAAUUCCAACCCAAGGUGUGUAUACUUUAAUGACCCGUUUGAAUAUUAAAACAAAUGAACAAAAAAUGAAGGAUAAUUUAUCCGCUGUUAAAAAAGCAUUAAAAUCAUCAUCGGAUUGGUCAAUUGAUGAAUCAUCAUUAGAAACUGUUUAUCCAAAAGUUGCCGACGACUUGAAGAAUAGUUUUGGUCACAUCUUUGCUGGUAUUGUUGAAAAGGUAGCUGCUAAUCUCGCAAAACGUUGUGCUGAUGAAAUGAUUUUGGAAGCAGUCCAAGAAGCAACUACAAAUCAUACAAUCGUUAUUAAACAUGAUGCAAACUUGAAUGGUUAUUGGUCAUGGUCAUUUGAAUCUGGUAAUAUCGUUAUCACUUUCAAAUCUGUAACUAAUACUAACGAUGUUCAAACAUUUGAUUUCAUUAAAUUAUUAUAA